UCGACCCCGAGACCGGGUUUGGGGGUGCAAGAUGUCGCUGAACAGGUGCAGCUGGCUCCUCCUCAGUGCCACGUUCCUGAGUACCAGGGCAGAAAUUUCCAUCACCCCUGAGCCUGCCCAACCAGCCGAGGGGGACAACAUCACACUGGUGGUCCACGGGCUUUCGGGGGAGCUGCUGGCCUACAGCUGGUACGCGGGGCCCGUCCUCAGCCUGGCCUACCUGGUGGCCAGCUAUAUCGUGAGCACGGGCGACGAGAUCCCAGGGCCGUCCCACACGGGGCGGGAGGCCGUGAGCCCCGACGGCAGCCUGGACAUCCGGGGCGCCCUGCCCAGCCACUCGGGCACCUACAUCCUGCAGACUCUCAACAGGCAAUUGCAGACCGAGGUGGGCUACGGACACUUGCAGGUCUAUGAGAUCCUGGCCCAGCCGGUGGUCGUGGCCAACAGCACGGCGCUAGUGGAGCGCCGCGACACACUGCGUCUGGCGUGCAGCAGCCCCAGCCCCGCCGAGGUCCGCUGGUUCUUCAACGGCGAGGCCCUGCCCAUUGCCAUCCGCCUUGGCCUGUCCCCCGAUGGCCGGGAGCUCACCCGACACGGCAUCCGCAGGGAGGAGGCUGGGGCCUACCAGUGUGAAGUCCGGAACCCGGUCAGUGCCAGCCGCAGUGAGCCCAUCAACCUGACCGUGUACUUUGGCCCAGAACGCGUGGCUGUCCUCCAGGAUUCCACCACCCGCACGGGCUGCACCAUCAAAGUGGACUUCAACACGUCCCUCACCCUGUGGUGCGUGUCCCGGUCCUGCCCGGAGCCUGAGUACACGUGGACCUUCAACGGGCAGGCUCUAAAGAACGGUCAAGAUCACCUCAACAUCAGCGGCAUGACGGCAGCCCAGGAGGGCACGUACACUUGUAUUGCUAAGAACUCCAAGACCACGCUCUCCGGAUCUGCCUCGGUGGUGGUCAAGCUCUCUGCGGCAGCAGUUGCCAUGACGAUCGUGCCCGUGCCGGCCAGGCCGAUGGAGGGCCAGGACGUGACCCUGACCGUGCUGGGCUACCCCAAGGACCUGCUGGUCUAUGCCUGGUACCGCGGGCCCGCUUCCGAACCCAACCGGCUGCUCAGCCAGCUGCCGUCGGGGAACUGGAUCGCCGGCCCCGCGCACACAGGCCGGGAGGUGGGCUUCACCAACUGCUCGCUGCUGGUGCAGAAGCUGAACCACACGGACGCCGGCCGCUACACCCUCAAGACCGUCACGCUGCAGGGCAAGACGGAGACACUGGAGGUGGAGAUGCAGGUGGCCUUCAACCUCCCUCCCUCGCACGAAGAUCAGCGCCACCUUUCUGAACCUGCACCUGGCACAGGCUGAGCAUGGGGCAGGAGGGGCCUCCGGGAGGCCCUGGGGACAGGCAGGGGAGCAGGAGGGGUGGGGGCACUGGGGACCUGGUCCUCCACCCCCCUGACAGCCUCCUUUGCCCCCUUGCCCCAUCGUCCCCCACAGCCCUGGAGUAGCAGUGCGGCCACCAAGACCUCCGGAGAGAAGGGUUCUUUGUGCCAUCCUCCCCAUCUCUUCUCCGGCGCCAAGGACCCCUCAGUCCAGCGAGGAUGCCGGGCUGUGGUCCUGCUGUCCUCUUGCUUCCUCCUGCUUCUAACCAUAGAGUUUGAGCUGACAGGGCCCUGCUCCUUCCCUGAGCUGUCAGACAGCCACACAAGCAUAAACAUCCUGGUUAAUGCAGCCGUGUGUCAGUCUCUCCUUCCACAACCCAACCCACCAUCUCCAAGUGGCCACACGUGCCCAGAUCCAAGGGCUCCAAGCCCCAGCUGCUAGAUGUCAGGGCCUCCCUACACCUCCCCAGAUUACAUCUGAGGGUCCUGCUUCCCCUUGGGGCCCCAGGCUGCCCAUCCCUUAGGCACAAACAGAGCUGGGUUAAGUGGGAACUGAGUGACUCCUUCGCAGCACCUCACUCCAUCACACAAGCUAUUUAUGCAGAGAGAAAGACCCAAUUUCUCAAGAACAGUUCUGCCACCUUCUGGCCCUCACCCACCUAACCAAAGACAACCCUUCAUGUCCUCCAGUGUCCUCGGAUCCCCCCAUGUCUCUCCUGGACAGCCCUUGCACAACUGUAAAAAGACCUCCCUCCUCCUCUAGCUACUAAAAAAGACCAUGUGAAUAAAUGAAUACAAAUGUGGGGGGGGAGCCAGAGAGAGGGUGUCUCCCAAGAGCGCUCACCAGCAGGGUCUGAGCCACAGGCCCCACCCAGCCAUGAUGCCUGUCUAGAGAGAGGAUCUUGGUGAUGGUCAGAAGUGGUGAUAGCAGCAUCCAGGCUCAGGGUAGAGAGAUGUGAGCAGAUCUAGGAAGGCCUAGUGGGGAGAUUUCCUGGUAACUUUGGAGACAGCCUUUCUGGGGAUAGCUGAGUUGUUAAAACUGACACAUCAUAGGCAGAAGUCAAAAGUCACAAUGUUGAAAUGAGAUAGUGGGUGGUGAUUAGAACCCUACAUUUUCCAGGGGUUCACUAGAGCCCCAUUUUGACCAUCCAGAAGAAGGAGUGAAUUUGGGGUAGAUCAGCGUUUUUCAAACCACAUUAUUAGCCUCAGAAAUUUUUCUUCAAGUGCAGGCUUGCAUGGAUGGUCAGUAUAUUAUUUAAAAUAGCAAUGCAACAAAAGUAGAUAUCAAUUCAAAAGAUAUUCCCCAUUCUAUACCGUAGAAAAAAAUUUGUAAUCUCAAUAAUACUUGGAUUACAGAGGCCACCAAAAUGCAAAGUACCAACCAGAAUCAACAGAGGAAACUGAUAGCCUUAAAUGAUGAAAGGUAUUUAAAGUAAUAGAAAAAAAAAAGUGAAGAGUUUGAAAAUAAAUGAAACAAGCUUUCCACUCAAGAAAUUUUAGAGUCUUUACUUUAAAAUAAACUCAAGUAAAAAAAAAAAACAGAAGAAGAGAAGUAAACUCAAAAACGGAUGAAAUGUAAAACAAACAUAAACUGUAGAGUUAGUCAAUGAAACCUAAAACUGGUCCUUUGACAAUGCUUGUGGAAGAGAGAAAGUUUUGGCAAGUGUGAUCAAGAAAAAGCAGAGAAACAAAGAAAUGACGCAAAUAGCAAAGAGGCAGUGGGGACUAUUAUAUAAGAUAAAAGAGCAACAGGUCUGGUUGAAGCAGAGGGUGAGGUCUCAGGUUAGACUCUAAAUAAAUACAUAUUGAGGGAAGAGGGUGAGGCAGACCUUGUCGGUAGCUCCCUGGAAGCCACUCCCCUCCCCCUCCUCCAGGAGGCAGAAACUACCUCUGCAAUAGAAGCCAAAAAUGUCAUGUACUCACUUUCCCAGACUGCCUUGCACCCAAGGUAGCCAUGUGACCAAUUCUGGCCAAUGAAGGAGGGAGAAAGCUUAAAGCCCUAUCCUCUGGCUCCACCCUACCUGGGGGACCCUAACAGAAUUCUAGGGAGUGCAGUUUGAAAGCCAUUACCUAGAUCAGUGGUCUCCAACAUGGAGUCUCCAGGCAAAGGCACAGAGAAGGGAAGCCCAAGGCCACACAGCUAGGAGGUGAGGAUGUAUAUGAGCCCAUACUCUGAAACCCAACAUGGUCCAGUCCGGAAAAGGGAAAUAGCAUCUGUAUCCUCUCCCGUCCCUCCCCCAAGUUCACGUAAGAAAGUCAGUGGCACAUACAGGGCUAGAGUCCAGGUAGGUCAAGUAGAAAUUCUCUUCAAUGGCUUAGAAGAGAGACUGGAAAUAACACAAUGCAAACAACAAAGAGACAGCGGAAACCACUAUAUAAGAUAAAAGUGAAACUGAUAGUAUAUGUAAACGUAGCUUAGAUAGAUAAAUGAUUAUUUCUCGCAUUAAAAGCACCCAGAAGCAAGCUCCAUGGUGUCAUCAGGGACACAGCUCUUCCUGUCUUUUUACUCAAUCAUCCUUGGCUUGGGGCUUCCAUUCUCUAAACCACCUCAUGGCCCAAUGUGGCUGCUUGGGCUGCAGCUGCCACAUCUGUGUUCCAGGCAGGAAGCAGAAAGAAAGGGACAAAGGGCAAAAACAACACCAAGCCAGGUUAAGAACUGUGCCCCUUUUAAGGCACUUACCAAUGUUUCACCCAACAAGUUCCACUUACAUCUAAUUGGCCAGCUCUUAGCCACAUGGUCACCCUAGCUGCAAGGAAAACUGGAAAAGGCAGUUUUUCCUCUGGGCAUGUUGCUGCCCUAAAUAACAUACAGGUUCUGAGACUAAGGAAGGUGGGGAGCAAAGACCCUGGGCAGACAGUUGCCGGGCAAUGCCUUGGCAAGCCUUGGGACUUCUACCUCCCCAGCUGGACAAAAUGACCUUUCUCACCUAAGCCCAAGAUGUAAGAGCCAAAGCCAGAGUAGCAGGGAUCCGGGAACAACUGGGGACCAGCAGAUUCCAGGUGGGGUUGUCUUCGGUUGGAGCUUGAGCUGUGAGCAAUGCUUAAGGAGGACAGUGGGAAGGGAGGAGGGAGAGAGUGGGGAAGGAGGCAGUUCAGAUUUCUAGGUCAAGCCAGAUCCUGUAUCCUCAUGGGGUGGAGGCUCAGAUGUCCCCUGGACCAAGUCUCCAAUCUCUCUGGGCAUCUCUGGGCACUGCUACAGAAUCCUCUGGAGCAGAGCAGUCCCCUUCUUUAACAAUCCAGGAAGGAACAGCAGCCAUAACCACUUAACAUAAUAGCUCCUGGAUCUCAUGCAUCGGCUAUGUCCCUUUACGUGCACGAUCUCAAUGAAUUCGUACCACGAACCUUAGGAGGUGGUUACUGUCAGUGCCUCCAAUUUACAGGUGAGGAAACUGAGGUACGGAAAGACGAAGACCUUGCUCCUGCUCUCAAAGCUCCCACAGCUGCUCGGUGGAGGCACCAGUAGAGGAGGCCUCUGCAUUCGUCAGCAGAGCAGAGCAGCCAAGGGCUCCAGCUCUGAGCCCAGAUGGAGCUGAGUUCAAAUCCCAGCCUGUCUGCUUUCCGCUGUGGGCACUUGGGCAAGUUGCUUUCCCUCACCUGUAAAAUGGAGAUAAUAAUAGUCCCCACCUCCUAGGACUGUUACAAGGAUUAAAGAGUUAAUGCAAGUUAAAGCACCUGGCACAUAAGUUCAUAACUGCUUAUGACCCAACUAAGGUGUUAGAUUUUUGCAACAGGAAAAGCUAAAGAUGAAAUGAGGAGUUAAUACUUAGUGGAUACAGAGUUUCUGUUUGGGAUGUUGGAAAAGCGUUGGUAAUGGAUGGUGAUGAUGGUAGCACAACCUUGUGAAUGUGAUUAACAACACUGAAUUGUCUACUUAGAAGUGGGUAAAAUGGGAAAUGUUAAGUUGUAUAUAGGUUAUCACAAUAAAGUAUUUUUAAAAGAAAAGCCAAAGAUGACAAUUUUGCUGAAAAGCCUGGGGUACAGUCCCACAGAAAUAAAGAGGAUUAUAACAGGAUGCUAUGAGCAACUGUAAGCCAACAAAUUAGAUAAUCUAGAUGAAGUGGAAAAAUUCCUAGAAACAAACAAACUAUCUACCAUGACUCAAAAAGAAAUAGUGCACAACAAACCCAUAACUAGUAAAGAG